UUAUAAUUAUUAUCGUACACUUCUUUCUGCUAACAACAAAUUUUUUCCUUUUCUUUUUGGUGAUUCGAUGUUUUCAGUUACAUUGUGCGGAACCAGCCGACAGAAGAUAUAUAUCAAAACUAUUAUAUAUCGGAACGAAGAAAUUGCAAUAGCUGUAUCUUUCAGACAUUAGCCUUCUUCUUUAAAUAGUAAAUUGCCCGCUAAUUUUCUCGAUAUGGUGACUUCAACAAGUCUAUCAAGAACCCUUCAAUAAUAACUGGGCGAAAAAAUAGGGGAACGACAGAAAGAAAGAGAGAGAGAGAGCAGUCAUGCUAAUCGCUGUUCUUGGCACUUUGAUCUUCAAAAAGAGGAAGUUGAUAGAGAUCUUCCCUAAAAGUAUUAGGACAAUUUGGAAUGGAUGUGAGCUCCGUGUAUUGGUUUUAUUCAGUCUCUUCUUACAAAUGGUUCUCAUCCUUCUGGGCAAGCGGAGGAAGUACAUUGCCCAAAAUUGGAUAAGAAUAGUCCUUUGGGUUGCAUAUUUGUCUGCAGAUUGGAUUGCAACAGUUUCACUUGGCGUCCUCUCCCAAGCUGAAGGUGAUAGCAAGGAUCAGUCAUUUGAUCCCAACUAUAUCAUGAUGUCAUGUUGGGCACCAUUUCUUCUCUUGCAUCUAGGUGGUCCAGACACCAUUACAGCCUAUUCAUUGGAAGACAAUGAAUUAUGGCCAAGGCGCUUGCUUGAGCUAGUAGUCCAGUCUGUAGUGGCAUUUUAUGUGUUUCUAAGGUCUUGGACAGGCACCCCAAUUAAUGCUCUGGCAAUUCCAAUGUUCAUAGCUGGAAUAAUUAAAUUUGGGGAGAGGAUAUGGGUUCUACGUUCUGCAAGCAGUGAUGUCUUCAGAGAUUCCAUGCUCCCUCGACCUGACCCAGGACCUAACUACGCAAAAUUCAUGGAUGGCUACAGUUCCAAGAAAGCUGAGGGAUUCAAGAUUUCAGUAGGAACAUUUGAAGCUCCUACAGUUGUUAGACGCAACAAUUUUCUAGAUGCAUUGCAUGAGGCUUCUUAUUUCUUCAAAACUUUCAAGCGUUUAUUUGCAGAUCUCAUCCUAAGCUUCCAGGAUCGCGAAAAUAGCCAGUCUUUCUUCCAACACGCAGAAAUGACUUGCGAGAAAGCUUUUGAAGUGAUAGAGAUUGAGCUUGGGUUCAUGUACGAUUUACUUUAUACAAAGGCUAAUUUGAUCCAUUCUCGCCUGGGUAGUGUUUGUCGUUAUGUUAGUUUAUCAAAUACUCUUGCUGCAUUUGUAGUCUUCUUGAUGAUUGAUCAGAGUCCUUACUCAACUAUUGACAAGGGGAUCACUCUUUUGUUGCUGAUCGGAGCUAUUGUUCUAGAAAUAUAUGCGGUAAUUGUACUACUUUCUUCAGAUUGGACAACGCUUUGGCUGAGUAAGCACGAAAACCCAUUUGUGGAUCUCGUCUCUAAAUUUAACUUGCGUUUACAAUCAUGUUUUGGAUUAUGUUUUCUGUUACCUCUGAAUAAGAGAUGGUCAAAUUCUGUAGCGCAAUACAAUCUCAUGAGUCACUGCAUCAAACGUAAGUCAACUAAAGGGAGUGGAAUAAAGGAUUUCAUUAAUAAAAUGUUAGAGCAACAUUGGUACAAGAAUUUGGAGCCUGUCCCUAUGGAUUUGAAAGAAAAGAUCUUUGAACAGCUCAAGAAAGCAAGCAGCAUGUCAGAUAUCAGGGUUUCUAAGCAAUUAUUUGCUUGUAGUGAUGAUGACGAUCAUGAGAAAAAGAAAUGUUUUGUUAAUCUUGCUCAGAGCAUGGAGGUAGUAGACUUUGAUCAAAGCAUUCUUCUCUGGCACAUUGCAACAGAUCUCUGCUAUUAUAUUGAUCAGGACAAUGAUUCGGAAACUGUAAAAAAAUUAAUAUGUAUGAGUAAAUUGCUAUCGAAUUAUUUGGUACACCUUCUAGUAAAGUGCCCUUACAUGCUGCCCAGUGGGAUUGGUCAAAUCAGAUUUCAGGACACUUGUGCUGAGGCUAUGGAGGUUAUAGAAGAAAGAGAAUAUAUAUCAGACGAACACAAAGCUUGUGAAGUGUUAUUUAAAGAGAACACGGAAAUUCCACCAUCUCAAAUAAAAGGUGACAGAAGCAAGUCGGUGCUAUUUGAUGCAUGCAUACUUGCACAAUCUUUGCAAUUCCUGGAGAGACAGAAUAAUUGGGACACUAAACAAAAGUGGGAGACCAUAAGCAAUGUAUGGGUGGAGUUGCUAUCUUGUGCUGCAAGUCAGUGUAGAUGGAAUUAUCAUGCCAGGCAGCUCAGACAAGGCGGGGAGCUACUCACUCAUGUUUGGCUUCUGAUGGCCCAUCUGGGUAUAACUGAACAUUUCCAGAUUUCACAAGGCCAUUUGAGGGCUAAGUUGCUUCUGAGUUAGAAGGGUAGCUGUAAUUGAAGGAUACUUCAAGCCUAGUUGAUAUUUCUACAAUUUUAAAAACUCAAAUUUUGGCCUGUCAAAUUCCUGUAGAGAAAAGGCUACCUGAUCUCUAUAGAUGAUGUUUCUAAUAUAGUUGUAGUUGUUGAUGUACUUGUGGUUGUUUUUUGCUUAAAAAUGACAACUUUCAGAAUCUAUCUUUUUGUCUUGGUGCUAAUUGCGCUGUGCAAAGUUUUAUUUAUUUGUGCAAUUGUAAAGAUCAAAUUGCUUCA